UCUCUCUUUGGCUCAACCCUAGGGGGAACCUUCAAGUCCGGUUUAACAAACCAAAAGUGCCCUUCGCUUCGCUCACUCCCUUCUCUCUCUCUCUCUCUCUCUCUCUCUCUCUCUCUCUCUCUAUCUCUGCGCCGCCGCGCUAUCUCCGAAUCUCGCUAACCCUAACCAACCACGCUUCAUCCCUCCCUCUCUCUCUCUCUCCGACCUAAGAUAUAAAUGGGGCGGAAGAAGCCUAGUGCUCGUGGCGGAGACGAUGAACCAACUGCUUCGUCUCUCGUCGUCGGUGGUGGUGGUGGUGGUAAAUCCAAGAAGAAAGGUGUUCAGAUCGAUGACGAUGAGUACUCCAUAGGUACGGAGCUCUCUGAGGAUCCGCCUAAAGGAGGAGGCGAGGAAGAGAAGGUUGUUGUAAUCACCGGGAAGAAGAAGAAGAGUAAGAAAGGUGAUAAGAAAGGUGCCGUUCUGGAUGAUGAAGAAGGAGAUGAUGUUGUUGUUCCGGAGAUUGCUUUUGAAGGGAAGAAGAAGAAGUCUAAGUCUAAGAAAGGUAGUGGUGGAUCCGUUAGCUUUGCUUUGUUAGAUGAUGAUGAUGGUGAUGGUGGAGAUGAUAAGGAUGGUGAUGAUGAAGUGGAGGAGGAUGAGCCUAAGAAGGGUGGUAAGUCUUUUGCGGCUUCAGCUUUUGAUGCACUUGGUGGUGAUGGGGAUGAGGAGGAGGAGGAAGAGGUGAAGCCAAUCACCUUCUCUGGUAAGAAGAAGUCUUCUAAGUCAUCUUCCAAGAAGAGUGGUAAUUCAUUUGCGGCUGCUUUACUUGAUGAUGAAGAUGAGGAGGAGGAAGAGGUGAAUCCAAUCACUUUCUCUGGUAAGAAGAAGUCUUCCAAGAAGAGUGGGAAUUCGUUUGCGGCUGCUUUGCUUGAUGAUGAUGAGGAGGAGAGUAAUGUGGUUGAAGAGGAAGAGAGGCCUGAGAUUAUGUUUACGGGGAAGAAGAAGUCGUCUAAGAAGAAGGGGAGUAGUGUUUUGGCGUCGUUAGGUGGUGAUGAUGAUGACUCAGUUGCUGAGGAAAUGAGUAAGGAUAAAGCUUCUGAUGCUAAGAGUGUUGUAGAGGUUGUAGAACCUGCGAAGAGUAAGAAAAAGAAGAAGAAUAAUAAGAGUGGAAGGACAGUACAGGAAGAGGAUGAUUUGGACAAGCUUCUUGCAGAGCUUGGAGAAGGCCCUGUUGCUGGAAAGCCUUCUGAAGAAGAGAAAGUUCAAGCUCAGCCUCAGCCUGUUGCAGCAGCUGUAGAGAAUGAUGGUGAGAAGGAAGGAGAAGAAGAGAGUGCUGCAGCGAAGAAAAGGAAGAAGAAGAAGGAGAAAGAGAAGGAAAAGAAAGCUGCAGCUGCCGGAACCUCUACUGUGGAGGCUAAGGAGGAAAAACAAGAAGAAUCAGUACCUGAGCCACUGCAGGGGAAGAAGAAGGAUGCAAAGGGUAAAGCAGCUGAGAAGAAAAUUCCUAAACAUGUUAGAGAGAUGCAAGAGGCUCUUGCACGGCGGCAGGAAGCCGAAGAGAGAAAGAAGAAGGAAGAGGAAGAAAAACUGAGAAAGGAGGAAGAGGAGCGCCUUAGGCAGGAAGAGCUUGAGAGGCAAGCUGAGGAGGCUAAGCGCAAGAAGAAGGAAAAGGAAAAGGAGAAACUGUUGAGGAAGAAGCUAGAAGGCAAGCUUCUCACAGCAAAGCAAAAGGCUGAAGCUCAGAAGAGGGAGGCUUUUAAGAACCAGUUGCUUGCUAGUGGUGGAGGUCUCCCACUUGCAGAUGAGGGUGAGCCUGCCACAAAGCGUCCCGUUUAUGCCAACAAGAAAAAAUCAUCUCGCCAAAAGGGCAAUGACUCUGCCUCUGUUCAGGUGGAAGAGGAGGUAGACCCAAAAGAGAAUCAUGCAGAUGAGCCAGAUACUUUAGGCGAAGUGGGUUCAGCAGAAAUAGUGGAGUCAGCAGACACUGAUGAGAAACCUGGUGCUGCUGAUGUAGCUGCAGAGAAUGGGGCUGAGGAAGAUGAUGAAGAUGAUGAAUGGGAUGCAAAAAGCUGGGGGGAUGAUGUUGAUCUUAAGUUCAAAGGUGAUUUCGAUGAUGAAGAUGACAAAGCUCAGCCUGUAGUUAAGAAAGAAAUAAAUGACGAUGUAGCAAAGACACAUGAUUCAGGCCCUGAAGCGGAGAAACCAAAAGCUAAACCAGCAGGUACGGAGAACCGAACAGCACCUGCCAUUAAAACUUUGCCUAAAGUGGAAGAUGAUGCACGUCCAAAACGUGCUACCCGGGCCAAAGAUGCAUCUAAGAAAGGCAAAGGCUUAGCUUCCAGUGAACCCAAAGAGGGUGAAGAAAAUCUCCGCUCUCCCAUUUGCUGCAUCAUGGGCCACGUCGAUACUGGUAAAACGAAGCUGUUGGAUUGCAUCAGAGGAACAAAUGUACAGGAAGGCGAGGCUGGAGGUAUAACUCAGCAGAUUGGUGCAACAUAUUUCCCUGCUGAAAACAUCAGAGAGAGAACUAGGGAACUAAAAGCCGAUGCAAAACUUAAGGUGCCAGGUCUACUGGUUAUUGAUACACCUGGCCACGAGUCCUUCACGAAUCUGCGGUCAAGGGGUUCAGGUUUGUGUGACCUUGCAAUUUUGGUGGUUGACAUAAUGCAUGGGUUGGAGCCACAAACCAUCGAAUCUCUAAAUCUAUUGAGAAUGAGGGACACCGAGUUCAUUGUUGCCUUGAAUAAGGUGGAUAGGCUAUAUGGAUGGAAAACAUGCAAGAAUGCUCCUAUUGUGAAGGCAAUGAAGCAGCAAACUAAAGAUGUUGUAAAUGAAUUCAACAUGAGGCUCACUGGGAUUAUAACCCAGUUCAAGGAGCAAGGUCUCAACACUGAGCUUUACUACAAGAACAAAGAAAUGGGAGAAACUUACAGUAUUGUUCCUACCAGUGCUAUUACUGGGGAAGGGAUCCCAGAUCUUCUGCUGUUGUUGGUUAACUGGGCUCAGAAAACAAUGGUUGAGAAGCUUACAUAUGUUGACGAAGUGCAGUGUACUGUCCUGGAGGUCAAAGUUAUCGAAGGCCAUGGUACAACGAUUGAUGUUGUAUUGGUAAACGGUGUACUUCAUGAAGGUGAUCAGAUCGUCGUAUGUGGGUUACAGGGACCUAUAGACACAACGAUCAGAGCGUUACUGACUCCUCAUCCAAUGAAGGAGCUACGGGUGAAGGGUACUUAUGUGCAUCACAAAGAAAUAAAGGCAGCACAGGGUAUUAAAAUCACUGCCCAGGGCCUUGAACACGCCAUUGCUGGCACUGCUCUGCACGUGAUUGGACCCGAUGAUGACAUCGAAGCAAUCAAGGAGCAGGCAAUGGAAGACAUGGAGUCAGUUUUGAGCAGGAUCGACAAAAGUGGCGAAGGAGUUUACGUACAAGCGUCUACGCUAGGGUCACUUGAAGCCUUGCUCGAGUUCUUGAAGUCCCCAGCUGUAAAGAUACCCGUCAGCGGUAUCGGAAUAGGGCCCGUGCACAAGAAGGACAUCAUGAAGGCGGGAGUGAUGCUCGAGAGGAAGAAGGAAUACGCCACGAUCUUGGCUUUCGACGUGAAAGUGACCACGGACGCUCGCGAGCUCGCUGACGAGAUGGGAGUAAAGAUCUUCUGCGCUGAUAUUAUCUACCAUUUGUUCGACCAGUUCAAGGCGUAUAUCGAGAGUAUCAAAGAGGAGAAGAAGAAGGAAUCAGCCGAUGAAGCAGUCUUCCCAUGUGUCCUUAGGAUUUUACCCAACUGUGUGUUCAAUAAGAGAGACCCAAUUGUCCUCGGAGUUGACGUCGUCGAGGGUGUACUUAAGAUUGGAACUCCCAUCUGCGUCCCGAGCAGAGAGUUCAUCGAUAUUGGCCGCAUUGCCUCUAUUGAGAACAACCACAAGCCUGUUGACUAUGCAAAGAAAGGCACCCAGGUGGCUAUUAAGAUUAUUGCUUCAAACCCUGAAGAGCAGAAGAUGUUUGGGAGGCAUUUUGACAUGGAAGAUGAGCUUGUGAGUCACAUUUCGAGAAAGUCUAUCGACAUACUCAAAACUAACUACAGGGAUGAGUUAAACAUGGAUGAGUGGAAGCUAGUUGUAAAACUGAAGAACAUCUUCAAGAUACAGUAGAGAUUUCCCCCCCACACAACAUUGGGAGUUUUGGAUGAUGUGUCUGCGUCGAUGCAGAAUGAACUGAUUCAUCUUCAUGCAUCUAACCAAAGCAAGUCACGAAGAGAGACGAAAGAGUUUUUUUUUUAUGUUAUCUUUCUCCCUGGAGAGUGCUGAAUAAUUGAACCUUGUGGGCACAAACUUGCAGGGAAACAAGAUAUUGAGUUUUGAGAUAUACAAAAUAUCGUUAUAUGCCCU